UUGUAAUUUAUAUUUUGUACCGUUUAAAUUUAACCGUCAAUUGUCGUAAUAAUUAUUAGAUUAUUAAACAUUUUUAUGGAAAUUAUUAAUAUCUAUCUUAAGUUUUGAUAUAAUAAUAAUAUAAUAGUAAUAUAUAGAUUUAUAUGUUUGAAUUAGAUAUUUUAAAUCAUAGAUAUUAAGAAAUGUCAUUACCAAUGGAUGUAGACCCAGCAGAAGUUCAACGCCAUUUGGAAGCAUUAGGUUAUGAAAACAUUGAACCAUAUUUACUUCAAAAUUUUAUAAAAGAUUUGAAGAAAUUAAUUAAGUAUGAAAAUAAACAUAAAGACAAAGAAAAUACAUCAUCGGUCAAAAUUAAUACAAAUAAAUAUUUCAACGCAAAUCAAAAACUACCAGAAAAUAAUUGUACAAAUCCAUGCUGUAUAAGCAAAAAUAAAAAUGUAUUUGAACGGUUGUCUUAUCCAAAUCCAAAAACAAAAACAUGCCCAAAAUCAGUUUUGUCUGUUGGUGUUCAAACAGAAGAAACCAGUAAAACAAAUAAUCCAAAAUAUACAAAUAUUUUAAGAAAAAGACCAAUGGAUCCUGUAACAUUGCACCAAUUUUACCAAUCAGAAUGGCGCAACCAUAAAGUACCAGGUGAAAAAAAUCGCGAUCAGUUAAGAUGGAGAGUCAGGCAAAUGAUGAUGCAUAAAUAACCUGGUUACAACUUUUCAUUUAUAUAUAAUAAUAAUAUUAUAUGACAUUAUAUUUAUUUAUAGCAAAUUUAUUUUAUUGAUAGUUUAUAUUAUUUAUAUUUACAUGAUACAAUAUGUUUUUUUUAGUUUUUUUAUUUAUAAUAUUUUAAGCAAGUACAAACAAAUAAACAAAUUAAGUGUAAUAAAAGAUGAUCUUAAACAAUGAAAUUUCU